CACCCGCCCAGGACGGGCGGACGGUGCACAAUGGCCCCUCGGGGCAGUGAGGGGCCGUGGUCCUCGGGCCAGACCCACCACAGCCACGCCCCGCAUCCGGCACCCCGGGGUCCAAGUACAGCACAGCCUCCUGCAUCGUCGGGAGCCACAGUCUGACCCGGGGGACCUGCCCGCGCCCCGUGUCCCGAUGGGCCUGUGCUAUAGCCUGCGACCGCUGCUCUUCGGCAGCUCGGAGGACGCCCCCUGCGCCGCCUCGGACCCGCGCUCGGAGGACGGGCAGCCCAGCGCCAUCCCAGCCCCAGUCCCGGUCCCAGCCCCGGCUCCAACGGGGACACUGCUCCGACGAAGCGCCGGCCGGAACCCCGCGAGCGUGCGGCCGGCAGUGGAGCUGCAGAGCCGGCGGCGGCAAGAGCAGCUGCGCGCCGUGGAGCGAGAAGCCGCUAAGGAGGCGAGGAAAGUGAGCCGCGGCAUCGACCGCAUGCUGCGCGAGCAAAAGCGCGACCUGCAGCAGACGCACCGACUCCUCCUGCUGGGGGCUGGUGAGUCCGGGAAAAGCACUAUCGUCAAACAGAUGAGGAUCCUGCAUGUCAACGGCUUCAACCCCGAGGAAAAGAAGCAGAAAAUUCUGGACAUCAGGAAAAAUGUCAAAGAUGCUAUCGUGACAAUCGUUUCAGCAAUGAGUACUAUAAUACCUCCGGUUCCACUGGCCAACCCUGAAAACCAGUUCCGGUCUGAUUAUAUCAAGAGCAUAGCCCCUAUCACCGACUUUGAAUAUUCCCAGGAAUUCUUUGAUCACGUGAAGAAGCUGUGGGACGAUGAGGGGGUGAAGGCCUGCUUUGAGAGAUCCAACGAGUACCAGUUGAUCGACUGUGCACAAUACUUCCUGGAAAGGAUUGACAGCGUCAGUCUGGUUGACUACACGCCCACAGACCAGGACCUCCUCAGAUGCAGAGUGCUGACUUCGGGAAUCUUUGAGACACGAUUCCAAGUGGACAAAGUGAACUUUCACAUGUUUGAUGUUGGCGGCCAGAGGGAUGAGAGAAGAAAAUGGAUCCAGUGCUUUAAUGAUGUCACUGCCAUCAUCUAUGUGGCAGCCUGCAGUAGCUACAACAUGGUGAUCCGGGAGGACAACAACACCAACAGACUGAGGGAGUCGCUGGACCUGUUUGAAAGCAUCUGGAAUAACAGGUGGUUACGGACCAUUUCUAUCAUCUUGUUCUUGAACAAACAAGAUAUGCUGGCAGAAAAAGUCUUGGCAGGGAAAUCAAAAAUUGAAGACUACUUCCCAGAGUAUGCCAAUUAUACUGUUCCCGAAGACGCAACACCAGAUGCGGGAGAAGAUCCCAAAGUUACGAGAGCCAAGUUCUUUAUCCGAGAUCUGUUUUUGAGGAUCAGCACAGCCACAGGCGAUGGCAAACAUUACUGCUACCCCCACUUCACCUGCGCCGUGGACACGGAGAACAUCCGCAGAGUGUUCAACGACUGUCGUGACAUCAUCCAGAGGAUGCACCUGAAGCAGUACGAACUCUUGUGAGGACUGCCUACCCCUCCUCCUCACUGCCGCCUCUCCUCCCUCUUGGCCACCCCAGGAGGCGGUGUUAUCUCCCCAGCCUGCGUGUCUGUCCACCCCAAGCCAUGGUAGGGCGUAGUGAGUGUUUUAGUGUCACGGGGCUGCCAUCUGUCCUGUCCUAGGUAUGCCUACGUGUGACCACCAAGCCUCUGGCUACCUCUGUCCCCCAGGUUUGGUUUCUGUAGCUUUUGUUUUUCACCGGACUGCACAGCCUCCCACCACCAAUCCGUGUCACGGCAAAGCCACCAACUCUCACAUGGGUGAUACUGCAGUGACCUGAGUGGGAACCUAUCUAUUCUUUGAUUGAUUGGUCGAUGGGCUGACUUAUCAAAGGCAGCAUCAUAAAUCGGAGAAAUACAUUGUUUCAAAUUAUCAAGCAUGAUCACCGUGGACUGCGGCUCUUUCUGGCUAGCAGGUAGCUGCCCCUUCUGAUCUGCACUGGCCCAAUGCUUAGAGUAGACCCGAGCCAGCCACAGGGCAAGAGGAAUUCUUUCCGGCCACAGUUGCAGUGGCUGUAAGCUGCGGGCAUUUGGAGUAGAGGGCCUCUCGGGGCCUCUUACAUUUAGGCAGAAAAGCUGCCCCAUUCACUACUGCAAACUGUGUCCUGUCUAUACAUGACGGUGUCCUCUACACCUUCCUGAUAGCUGGGCAUGGUCUUUCCUAGUUUCCCUUUGUUGUUGCUUUACUAGACUGUACAGACCCGCAAAAUGUAAUACUCUUUUGUAUGACUCCUAACAAAACCUCCUUGUAGCGUUCUGUGCCUUGGUGAUAGCCCCACCUGUAAGGAAAUACGUCCCAGCUGUGCCAAGCAGCUUGCGGUCCGCACAGCCUGCUGCAUCCACAGUGGGGAAUCGGUGGGAUCUGUUCAUCUUAGGAUAUUUUUUAUCAGGUUGGUAUUUAUGGACGAUCGUUGAUUUCAGAGUCAUCUCCUUGACCAGCAGUGCCAACCCAACACUGGAACUGUCGCAGCCGCCUGCUUUUACUGUUCUGCAGCUCAGCUGCUGCAAACACUGGGACCACCCGAUUCCAAGGCAUACAUUAGAAGCUACUUUUUUUUUAGGUUUUCUCUCCCCCUCCCCCUGCCCCCACACACAGAUGAAAUGUUUCUGAAGACUCCUUCAGGUUUCCUAGGCAGGAGCAGGCCUACCAUCCCCUAGUUAAGUUCCAUAUACAGUCCCAUCUUAUAAGGAACAGGUGAUCAGAGGAAAGCAAAGUAGUGUCAGUGUUGUAGCGGAGUGAGGGCAGGAAGGACAGCACCUUCCGAAGAUGAAAUACUACAAAGCUAUUUACUUAGUAUCUAUCUAUCUGCAUUGCUAGGGACGAGCCCAGCGCUGGGAGCAUGCUGGGCAAGCACUCUCCUGCUAAUCCUUAUCCACCGCCAUAACGCCAGCCCCACAAAAACCUUUGUUUUAAAUAUAAGCACAGAAUGUAUGGCUGCUGCCCCCAUGUGAGAUCUGCAGCCGCGACCUCAAGUUAUGGUAGGGACGCCUAGAACGUAACAGCAGCUGCGUCAGGGCACUGUUGGCACUACCUACGGCCAAGGCUCUGGGAAUAGUUCUCUUAGGUUUAGAGUUUUCUGUAAAGAUGUCCUAGGUUAAAUAUUCAACAGUACAAACACACAGGAGUGACAGCCUGUGUUACUUUACUUAUUCAUCUACUUAUUGCUGUCUCAAGUUUAUUCCACUGAAGUCAGCAUCGCGUAAUGCUUUGUAAACUCAUCGUGGCUGAGAUGCUCUUCUGGGAAAGGGUGGCAGCCUCAGUCACUACAGCACGCUCCUCGGCUCCUUGCCACUGUCUACCACUCUCCACUGCGCACAAACUUCCGGCUGAGCCCACACAUGUCAGGAAAGUGACUUUCAGUUCCCCUGCACGUUCAAAGCAAGAAGAAAAGCUCACGCGCGCGCGCACACACACACACACACACACACACACACACACGUGAAGUUUUAUACUACUGUGUGCAUUAUCACUCAACAGUUCCCUGUUACUAAAGAACUAUUUAAAAGUGUUCUAGGGGCUGAAUUAUAGCUCUGAUAGAGCACCCACUUAGCAUGCAGAAGCCCUGAGCUCAAUCAGAACAAAAUAAAUACAAAUAAAUAAAAUUUGAUCAUUAUAAAGAUCCAGACUUCUUUAGGAAAAAAAAAAGAAUAUGCUUUAUUUUCAAAUUCAAAUAUCCAGAUCCUCCAUUUUUGAAGUUUGAAUCAUCGACAGGCAUUGAAUUCAGAUGUGACAACAGUCUCCUAAAGAGAAAAUUACACUUAACUAAAAAUCUGAUUCCAUCAGCACAGAAUCAAGAGCCUGUAACAAACAAGUUCCUGUACAUUGAAUCUGUACUUUUGAGCAUACAACUUCAUGAUCUAUAAGAAAUCGAGAGCUACUGCAGAGAGGGACGGAGAAAAUCCAACUUUUAGGUGCACACGUAGCCUCCAGUGUGCACCAAGACUGCUGAGUCCUUUCUGGGGAAGCCAGGGCUGUGUGUGGUGCAUGCAAGUGACAGUGUCCAUAACAUUUAUAUACUGUACAGAUGCAACCUUUGAUUAUACAUAUAUUUGAUAAAACAAAAGAGGCAAACUUGUAGAGUACAUGUCCCAUUUUUGUAGCAUGAGAACAGGACAGGCAGCUGUUUAUUCUGCAGCCACUGGCAUGGAUGAUUUGGAAUUCCCAGGAUGUGCGCAAGGACAAUCAAUAUUCGCUCACCUCCGUGGCUCCCAUGCGCCCCACCAGAAGCCCUAUGCCUUUGGUGUUGAUUUAUAUUACCAGGUGCAACAAUCACCGGCUUCAUCAGCUUCUCGUGUGCACUCUGCACAGUUUCCAAGCAGACAGAAGAGAGGAGGGCAAGCGUUCAAAGUGAGCUAAGACAAGGAGCACAAGGAAGCUUACUGCUGCACCAUAGGUGGUCAGCACCCUGUCCUCAAACGGGAGGUAGCACUUGGAGAGAGCAUAGUCUCUGGAUGUCAGACUUCCCUGGGGAAGAAAUAGAAAGUUGAUGAGUGAGUCCCAGGGUGAGUCCCAGGCACAGCAAUCUGACUUAGAGGCUGUCUUCUAGGCCCCCUCAGGUGGGUUUGGGAGGGAAGAGCCCUCUUCACUCAGGACCAAGGGGCUUUGGGCAUAACAAGUCACCACCGGCCACAGAGGUGCUAGCAAAAGAAAGGCACCAAAGCUCUGCUGGCUCGGGGAGAAGGUCACAUAGUAGAGUAGCCCUGAAGGGAGAUGGAGAGGCAUCAGUCCCAGAGGAACAAGAGGACAGAAGUAUCCCUGCCUUCGGAUGGCAGAGCAGUCACUGUGGCCCAGAAGAACCCCUGCGUCUCCACAGUUUGCAAUGUGGAAUCAAGGCAGCAAAUGUUUUCACUUACUUGAACUUGAAAACACACGGGACCCCCACCUUUUUCUAGACAGAACCAUAGAAGAGCAGCAUGGACUGAGUGCAAGGCCCCAUGGUUACAAAGGAGGUGUUUCGCUGAGUCAACACCUUUCCCCAACUUGGGUAUUCUGUAGCACCGUGUGCCCAGCACACUUAGAAAAUGAGAGAUAACAGAGUUUACUAAUGUAGAGACACUGCUCCCUUGGAAACAAACUGGCACUUGUUGAACUUCACCUCUGCUCUCGAGAUAAAAUUCUGGCAGAUGCUCCUCAGAGUCCCUCUGAAGUCAUGUUCUGCAUAUGUGUCCCCAGAUCAGUGAUUACAGACAGGCGGUGUAUACAACUCAAGAGUGCAAAGAGAGCGAUUGAUUUCUGGCUUUUGUAUGUUUUUAUAGACUGCAGCCGCUAAAUAGUUGGUUACUGUGUUGAUCUCAAUACUCCAGAAAGCUUUCAGAUAAAAAUAAAGGUUUACGUUACCAUGA